GUCGAAGCUUGUGAGGCGACAGCGCGGCCCCGCCUCCCAGCGUUGAUUGGCUGCUGUGCUGGGCCCAGGAUGGGCAGGGGGCGCGUCCAUUUAAAGACUGCUGGACAAGAGCAGCAGCUGUCUCACCUCAGUGUCCACACAGAAGCUGAACCAAGCCAUCAGGAUGGGGCAGGAUGUGUUCCCAUGAUCUUUUGUGAACCAUCGCUCCCUGGCAAAGCAGAGAUCAUGACUCCUCAUGAGGCCGCCCAGGCCCCACUGGAAUUCGGGGGGCCAUUGGGCGUCACAGCGAUGAUGGUCCUGCUGCCUGCCACCAUGUUCCAUCUGCUCCUGGCGGCCCGAUCGGGCCCGGCGCGGCUCCUGGGGCCACCCGCUUACCUGCCUGGGCUGGAGGAGCUGUGGAGUCCGUGGGCUCUGUUGCUAUUGUUCAUGUGGCUCGGCCUGCAGGUGGCGCUCUACCUGCUGCCUGCACGCAAGGUGGCCGAAGGGAUGGAACUAAAGGACAAGAGUCGCCUGCGCUACCCUAUUAAUGGCUUCCAGGCUCUGGUGCUAACAGCCCUGUUGGUGGGGCUGGGGGUGUCAGCUGGGCUGCCCCUGGGGGCGCUCCCUGAAAUGCUCCUGCCCUUGGCCUUCGCGACCACUCUGACCAGCUUCAGCCUCAGCCUCCUUCUCUAUGCGAAGGCUUUAGCAGCUCCCGUCUCAGCCCUGGCACCUGGAGGAAACUCAGGAAAUUCCGUUUACGAUUUCUUUCUGGGACGGGAGCUGAACCCUCGCCUUGGUUCUUUUGACUUCAAAUAUUUCUGUGAGCUGAGACCUGGCCUCAUCGGCUGGGUCCUCAUUAACCUGGCCCUGCUGGUGCAAGAGGCAGAGCUGCGGGGGAGUCCCUCACUGGCCAUGUGGCUGGUCAAUGGCUUCCAGUUGCUGUAUGUGGGUGAUGCCCUCUGGUAUGAGGAGUCUGUCCUCACCACCAUGGACAUAAUUCAUGAUGGAUUUGGCUUCAUGUUGGCCUUUGGAGACCUAGCCUGGGUACCCUUUACCUACAGCCUGCAGGCCCAGUUCCUGCUGUACCAUCCACAGCCUCUGGGGUUGCCCAUGGCCUUGCUCAUCUGCCUCCUUAAGGCUAUCGGUUACUACAUCUUCCGUGGAGCUAACUCCCAGAAAAACACAUUCCGAAAGAAUCCUUCUGACCCUAGUGUGGCUGGUCUUGAAACCAUCCCUACAGCCACAGGGCGGCACCUGCUGGUAUCUGGGUGGUGGGGUAUGGUUCGUCACCCCAACUACCUGGGAGACCUCAUCAUGGCUCUGGCCUGGUCCUUGCCCUGUGGCCCGAGACGAGCAGCAGUGUAUCCGGAAGUACGGCCGUGCCUGGAGGGAAUACUGCAAGCGUGUGCCUUACCGAAUCAUCCCCUAUAUCUACUGAAGCAGAGCCAUCGAGCCAGCUCAGGUCUGAGCACACCUGGGGCAUCGGGCCUGCACCCCACUCUACUCGGCAGGGAUGACCAGCCUCAGAGAAGAGGUUAGAAGCAAGAAGAGGGAGCCACUGCUUCCAUAUGGAAGUAUUUCCCCUGUUGGAUAAAUGUUUUCAACCCUGUUU